AUGAGAAUGCACGGUUUGGCUUCUUCCAACUCCUCCGCCUCCCUUAACUUGCUGCCUCUGGCGUCACAAUCAGAAUCGUUCGUGACGGAAGAGUCACGUUCGUCAGAGCCAGCGCAAAGGGGCACGAACGAAGAGGCCGAAGUGCAGGAGGCUUGGGCCAAGUUGAGGGAUUGGCUCGAAGAUAACGGCGGCGAUGACCCUUUGACGAUGAUGCGCUUGGUCCUCCACGGUCAGGUCCGUGACCGUGUCAGCCUGUCCAGGGAGCUGAGACAUAUCAGCCAAAAGCUUGAGAAGCUCCAGUUUCGUCAGGACCGGAUCUUCUCGUCGACCGCCCUGCAGAGUCCAAAGCCGAAGAAGUGCACGAGCCAUUCCUGGGAAUUGAACAGGCAGUUGCUUUCCACCGCCACCCUUGACUUCCAGCGCAGAGACAGACUUCAGUCGAGCAGCUCCCAUGCCGUGAAGUUCAGCGCUGUCUUGGCACAGCCGGAUGUGGAGCCCCCACAGGAUGUAACGGAUGUGGUCGAAGCACCUCCCACUGGAGACUUGGUCCAUUGUCAGCCACAAGAUUUGGACUCGCCCGUCAGGCGCAGCCGCAGCACCAAGGACUUGAUCAACGAGAGGGACAAACAGAUCUGCAGCACAGUAGUCAAGAAGCUGAGCAAUUGUCCAGAGGAGGAUUCAAGCGUACACAGAGAGGAGUCACCGCCAUUAUGCUGGCACUUGGUGGGCUCCUGGCUGAUGGAGAAGAUGCUGGUUGUUUGCGGUGUUCCGGCAGUCAUGUGGCAUUGCGGCAGUGGCGUGGAAUGGAGCAAGAAGAUCUACCACUGGCUUCUGGUUGUUAUUCUCCUUGUCAUCGCGCUCUCGAACAGCUUCCAGCUAGUUGUAUGUGACGCGAAACCGGCACUUGUAGAGGGGCUUUGCAGCUCCACACAGGCUGGCUUGUGCACAGACUUCGGCCUGGCAGUUGGCGCGUUCACAUGCCUGUGGUUUUUCGGGGGUGCCCGUCUCUACCAACAGCGCACGGACAUGCUGCGGGACGCGCGCAGCGUUCUGAUUGCACUUCUGGCCGAUAGCAACUUGCUGAAUAGCUGGCACCGCGUCAUAGGCGUCGAUGCCUUUGUCGCCCUAUUUUUCUGGUUGGUCCUCGUCGGAGGACGAGCAUUGCUACUGAUCACCGCUGGAGACAUGGACAUUUUCUCCAUUCAGGCGUACGUCGGCUUUGUGCUCUCCGUGAGCGUUCUGACGUCGGCCGGAUUUCUUCAGAUGUCCACCUGGCGGGGUCUUUCACUUCGUAUCGAGAGCUUCAUCGAGCCCUUUUUGAAAAACAAGGUCAACUGCCAGCAGAUGAAGGACCAGUGGCGUCUUCUUGGCGCCUGUAUGAGGACAACCUCCCGGACCUAUCAAAUGAGUUCGAUCGUGGCUGGUGCCACGACGGUACUCUGUGCAGUGGCCUUCUUGAUCGACUUGCAGCGUGGGCACAUGCUCGUGUCAACUCCCGCCUUGUUCUUCUGCCUGUUGCU